UGGCGCUUUUCCAUUGCAUAGUACCCCACGGUUUGGUUUAGUUUGGGUCGGGUCAGCUUACUUUUGGGAGCUUUUCCAUUGGGAUCACUUCGUAGUACCCGAUACUUUUUUUCGUACCACCUCGGUUGGGGUUCCAAGCGACCCGAGCUGAUACCAAACGUGACGCGAAAACACAGUAGAUCACUGAUUGGUCUAACGAGAAUCGUCACCACACGCGUCACUACCAGCGUCAUUGGAUUCGCGACACAAAACACCAAACCCGCUAGAUUUGAAAAUAGUUGCUACCAGCUACCGCACAGUGUAUGUGAUUUAAACACUAGAAAAAGCAAACGAGAAAGAAAAUGGCUAUUUCGUGGUCAAACGAGGAGGUGCAGACUUUCCUUUCCCUGAUUGCAGAGGAGCGGAUCCAGCGAGAGCUCGAUGGGUCUGUGCGGAAUGAGAAAGUUUUUCAAGAAGUCGCGCAGCUCAUGGCCGCACACGGCUAUAAUCGCACCUACAAACAAUGUAGGGAAAAGUUGAAGAAAAUGAAAAGUGACUACCGAGCCAUAAAGGACCACAAUGGCAGGAGUGGGGUGAAUAGAAGAGUCUGGAAGUGGUUUGACCUAAUGGAUGCUAUAUAUGGAAGUAGACCGGCGAGCAAUGGGAGAGAAGGUGCCCUCGACACGGCCGAAAACACGCUGGAGGAUGAUUCAUUGUCUACGAUUGAUGCAUCAUCAAUUUUGUCUCAAAAUGAUGCAUCAAUCUUACAGAUUGACCUGGCACCACAGACACCAGCACGACCGCAGACACCAGCACGACCGCAGACACCAGCACGAUCGCCGACACCAUCGACCUCCGGCAGCAACAUUAUGACCCCGGUGCCUGUUGUCACAGGAAAGAGGAAACGAGGCAAUCACCAUCAGGACCAUCUCUCUGUUUUAAGAGAGAUGCAGGCCGCUGAUAUAAGGCAGCAGGAACUAAACCGUGAACAAUUGCAGAUGGCACUUGAUGAUGCCCGGCAAGCGAGAGAAGAGGAGACAGCCUUGAGGAGGGAGGAAAUCAGUCAAACGGCGUCCUUUAAUCAGGCUUUCCUAGGUAUUAUGGGGAUGCUUGUACAGGCAAUGACUGAUCGUAGAGAUCAAAACUCUACGUAAAAACAAACUCUUUAAAAAUUUUUGGGCUUUUCAAAGUUUGAAGCCGUAUUCUAUUUAAGUUUUUUAUUAAUAGUAUAACUUUCUGUGAAUGAUGCCAAUAUUUUUGUGGUUUCACACGUUUUUUUUUUAUAAGGACAUGUUUUAAAAUGGAAACACAUGAGCCUUUUUUUAAAACCUUUUUUAACAUUUUUUUUUUAAUUGUUUUCACUCACUUGUUUUUACAUUUAAGGACAAGCUGUCUAGGGCAUACAUUUUAGCACUAAUUGUUGGUUGCCCAUUUUUACCUUUAAAUUUUGGUAUUUCUAUAUGCCGAAUGUAUAUUUGUUCAAUAUGCCUUACCUAUAUUUGUUGUCCAAACAUUUGCACAAUACAGUUUGAUGUUUACAUUUCAAAUGCAACUGUUACAUACAAGAUUUGUUCUUGUUUUCACUCACUUGUUUUUACAUUUAAGGACAAGUUUUGUAGGGCAUACGUUUUAGCACUAAUUGUUUGUUGCCCAUUUUUACCAUUAAAUAGUUUUAUUUCUAUAUGCCGAAUGUAUAUUUGUUCUCCAAACAUUUGCACAAUACAGUUUGAUGUUUACAUUAUAAAUGCAACUGUUACAUACAAAAUUUGUUGUUGUUUUCACUUACUUGUUUUUACAUUUAAGGACAAGCUUUCUAGGGCAUACAUUCUAGCACUAAUUGUUUGGUGCCCGUUUUUACCAUUACAUUGUUUUAUUUAUAUGCCUAAUGUAUAUUUGUUCUCCAACCAUUUGCACAAUACAGUUUGAUGUUUACAUUAUAAAUGCAACUGUUACAUACAAAAUUUGUUGUUGUUUUCACUUACUUGUUUUUACAUUUAAGGACAAGCUUUCUAGGGCAUACAUUCUAGCACUAAUUGUUUGGUGCCCGUUUUUACCAUUACAUUGUUUUAUUUAUAUGCCUAAUGUAUAUUUGUUGUCCAACCAUUUGCACAAUACAGUUUGAUGUUUACAUUAUAAAUGCAACUGUUACAUACAAAAUUUGUUGUUGUUUUCACUCACUUGUUUUUAAAUUUAAGGACAAGCUUUCUAGGGCAUACAUUCUAGCACUAAUUGUUUGGUGCCGAUUUUUCACCAUUACAUUGUUUUAUUUAUAUGCCUAAUGUAUAUUUGUUGUCCAAACAUUUGCACAAUACAGUUUGAUGUUUAUAUUAUAAAGGCAACUGUUACAUACAAAAUUUGUUCUUGUUUUCACUUGUUUUUACAUGUAAGGACAAGCUUUCGAGGGCAUACAUUUUAGCACUAAUUGUUUGGUGCACAUUUUCACCUCUAAAUUUUGGUAUUUAUAUAUGCCUUAUGUAUAUUUGUCAGCUAAACUUUUACAUAAUACAGUUUGAUGUUUACAUUAUCAAUACAACUUUGCUGUGUGUUGUUAAAUACUUUUGUGGUUUCACACACAUUUUCAAUAUACGGCCGAGUUGUAUAGUGCAUACAUUUUUGCACAACUGUUUUUAAACUUUUUAAUAAGUGUUCUAUUUGUUUAUUUACAUAUGUAUCCAUUUGUAUGUCACAACAUUUGCACACUACAGUUUGAUGUGUACCCUUUUAUCUCUAUAACUUCCUGAUUUAAUAAAUCAAAACUUUCAAAGAAGUUCUUGUUUUCACUUUUUUAUUGCUCAAUAUUUUACAUUGCCUCAUGUACAAUUUGAUUAUUAUAAAGAAAAACAAAAAUUUCAAAAUGAUAGAGGCAGACAAAACAAUUUUUAAAGAUGGUAGACAUUUACUGACAAUACACUAUUCAGUUAA